UUCCGUUACAAAAAGCACAUUUUACUGUCAAACUUCGCUUCAGAACUUGUUAUGCAAUGAUGCCUUCCCACAUUGAGCAAAUCAAUCUUGCUGGCACGAUUCCAAAGUCUGCGUACGGCACUUGCCUUGCCGUGGGCCUCAUAGUUUUGGCAAUCUAUGUUUACGACCAAUAUAAUUUCCUCCGCUACCAAGUAGCGAAAGUACUGGCCCAGCGUCUUGGAUAUUUCAAAGAUGCCCAAGGCAAUCGAAUGAAGGAACUCUCCUUCAACUCACGUUUCUUGCGAUUCAGCAAUGGACAUGAAGUCUCCGAGCAGGGCACUGCCAUCGCUGGUGAUGAGCCGUACAUUACGUGGAAUGAUGGCAAACCUGAAGUGGUCUUGAGCUGUCCCAACCACGUGAAGGACUUCUAUGGGCGGGAGACUAAAGGCCACGCAAAACCGCCCAAUAUGGGCAUGGGGCCGUACUUCGACAGAGUCCUUGGAUCUAGCGUCGGCGUCUUGAAUGGCGAUAAAUGGAAGACGAUGCGCAAGGUCUUUGAUCCACACCUUUCGCACCAAAUGGCCAUGGAUUUGCGAUCCACGUUUUCGCGCGAAGUCGCUGCUUGGAUGAAAGACCUCCCAUCCACAGUUGCUAAAUUUGGCAACGGUGUUCCUGGCUCCGAGUUCGUAUUGGAUGCCUCUACUGCUUGCAGGAUCCUGCCCUUCAAGUUAGUUGCAUUAAUUUUGUAUGGAGAUGCCCUGUCCGAGGCCGCGUUUGAAGAGCUUCUCCAAUUGAAUGCAUUGCAUGAGAAAGUCGUGUUCAAAGCAUUCUUUGGGAAGCGAGAAAGGUCCAGGCUAUUCGCUUUGCUGCCAAGCCAAUCGAAGAGCCAAAUGGACGAGUUCGAGAGGGAGUGGCGAGUCUUCAACCUGAAGAUGAUCCAGACUGCAGAGGCGGAAGGAUUAUCAUGUCCAGUAGCGAAAAUGCAUCCAUCAGUUCUCAAUGGAGCCAUAACGGAGCGAGAAUUCCUCCAUACGAUUGAUGAAAUCCUCUUCGCUAAUAUCGAUGUCACUUCCUCGGUUUUAGCCUUUUUGCUCAUCAACCUGGCCCGCAACGUCCCUGCACAGACUGACUUGCGAGCCGAGGUCCUUGGCCAUACUGCCGAUCCCGAGGCAUACCUUCAAAAGACGGACACGCUGCUGGAGUUCGCAUGCAUGGAAUCAAUAAGGCUAUGCCCAGCAGCAUGGUUCUCACUCCCUGAGUAUGCUACCUCCGACAUGACAGUCGGUGGAUACAGCAUCCCAGCUGGAACGCCCUGUAUCAUCGACUGGUGGAGAUUGAAUACUCAGUCACCAGUUUGGAACAGCGGGGGUGUCUCUGGGACGGCAUUUUCACCUCAGCGCUUCCAACGGCUGACCCUCCAGGCGUACCGGUGGAGUUUCCUCCGAUUCGGGCUCGGGAGUAGGAAAUGUAUUGGUAAGAAUGUAUCUGGCAUUAUUAUGAAGACGUUCUUGAUGGCAGUCUUGAAGGAGUGGGAGUUGGAGACGGUUGGGGUGACCAAGGGCGACGAGCAGAAGAUGGUGGAUACGAGGAAGGAUCGAUUCACCGUCACGCCUGCCCAAAGCGUGCGAUUUGUUCCUAUUUGAAUCAGCCGCUGGGUCAUUAUGACGUAAUGGGAUUGGAGUGUAUUAGUGUUAUUGUUAUUAGUUCUGAGUGCGAG